UCUUGUGAUCAGAACUGGAACCGGUAGUGUAGUAGUUGUUGGGCUCUGAGAGCAGUGCAGGACGAUGGGUCGGUUUGUUACUGUACAGUGUGUUAUUUAUUUCCUUACACUCCUCUCGUCAUGCUCUGGGAACCGAGACCAUUACAGAAAUAUGAAGCGGGAGACAAUACCGCUGGAAGAGGAACCUUUAAUGAUGGAGGCUGGGGAUUCUCCUUUUGGUUGCCUGUGGCCGCUCCCCUACGAUGUGCAAAUGUCCCCCCAGACCUUAUCUAUACCACCGAGGCUCUUCAGUUUCGUGCACGGCGCUAGCUCUAAGGUGGGACCCUCGUGUGUGCUGGUACAGGAUGCUUUCCGCAGAUAUUAUGAAUACAUUUUUGGAUAUUCUCAAGAACAGAGUGCUUCUGAAAGAGACGCUUCUGAAGAUCAAUUAUUACAACUUCAAGUUGUUGUUAUUACUCAAGAACAUGAAUGUGAUAAAUAUCCUUCCAUGACAUCAGAUGAGUCCUAUGAAUUAACCAUUGGCCAGUCUGUAGCAGUUUUACAAGCAAAUCAAGUAUGGGGUGUUUUAAGAGGCCUAGAGACAUUUAGCCAGCUAAUCUAUGAAGAUAACGUUGGAGCAUUCCUCAUUAACAAAUCUCGUAUUUUGGAUACUCCGAGAUUCGCACACAGGGGAGUUCUGCUGGACACAUCCAGACACUAUCUGCCACUCAAGACCAUUUUAUUAAACUUGGAUGCAAUGUCUUUUAACAAGUUUAAUGUCUUUCACUGGCAUAUUGUUGAUGAUCCGUCCUUUCCCUAUCAAAGUGUUACAUUUCCUGAUUUGAGUGACAAGGGAGCUUACAAUCCAUAUACACAUGUUUACACGGCUAUUGAUGUCCACUUGGUGAUUGAGUAUGCUAGAUUAAGAGGAAUUCGAGUUGUGCCAGAGUUUGACUCACCAGGCCAUACAGUUUCAUGGGGAAAAGGGCAAAAAAAUCUCCUUACUCCUUGUUUCAAUGCAGGACAGUUAACUGGUACAUAUGGGCCAGUAAACCCUAUUUUAAAUGAUACCUAUUCCUUCAUGUACAAAUUCUUGGAAGAAGUCAGCAGAGUUUUUCCUGAUAAAUACAUCCAUUUAGGAGGAGAUGAAGUAGAUUUCUCUUGUUGGCAAUCGAAUCCAGACGUCACCAAAUUCAUGAAGGACCAAGGCUUUGGUAAAGACUACUCCAAACUAGAAUCUUUCUACAUCCAACAAAUCUUGAACAUAGUUUCAUCUUUCAACAAGGGCUAUAUGGUCUGGCAGGAAGUGUUUGACAACAAUGUCAAGUUGAAGGCAGAAACCGUUAUUGAAGUUUGGAAGGAGAGGGAAUAUCAAGAAGAAAUGGCAGCUGUUACAGCUGCUGGGUUUCAUGCCCUCCUUUCUUCUCCCUGGUACCUAAACCGCAUCUCAUAUGGUCAGGAUUGGAUACAGAUCUACAGAGUUGAGCCUUCGAAUUUUACUGGAACUGUGGAGCAGAAGGCAUUAGUGAUUGGUGGUGAAGCUUGUUUAUGGGGUGAAUUUGUAGAUGCGACCAAUCUCACUCCAAGAUUAUGGCCUCGUGCAAGUGCCGUUGCAGAAAGGCUUUGGAGUAGAAAGGAUGUGACCUCAGUGAGUGAUGCAUACAACAGGCUAGUCAAGCAUCGAUGUCGCAUGGUCAGGAGAGGAAUAGCAGCAGAGCCGUUGUUUGUAGGAUACUGUGACCAUGAGAUAAACAACUAAAAAAGUCAGAACAAGCAAUGAGUUUAAUCAGCGUGCAGUCGCUUUGUAAAUCACAAAGGGAAGACUGCAGUGUUCAGGGGCCAAAAUGUGCACUUUAUGGUUGUUGGUAAAUCUUUAAAUAAAUUCUGAAAAACAGGAUUUAUUACAUUUUUAAAUUUGUGAAUAAACCUGUUAAUUUUAUGACUGAGAUGCAUAUAGUGUAAUAAAAAUCUUUCCAGUAA